UGCUGCUGGUUUUGAGGGCGGAGGUACGUGGUUUCGGCUCUCCCAGCGAGAGGGGAAAGUGGGGUGCAUGGAAAACCGAGGGCUCCCGAGGAAAGAGGGGAGGGGAAGAAAAGUCCUAGAAGCUUGUCCUCCAAGUGCUGGGUUACAAGGCGGUGUCCGGCACCUCUCGGGGCCCUUCCUGAAGAGGCUUGGAGGCUUCCCGCAGUAAUUGAACCGUGGAUUUCAUUACGGGAGCAUUUUAAAGGUCAUCUGCACCUUCUGACUGGGAAAAGAUGGUCAACGUCUUGAAAGGAGUGCUAAUAGAAUGUGACCCUGCCAUGAAGCAGUUCCUGCUGUACUUGGAUGAAUCAAAUGCCUUAGGGAAGAAGUUCAUCAUUCAAGACAUUGAUGACACUCAUGUGUUCGUUAUUGCAGAGUUGGUUAACGUCCUCCAGGAGCGAGUAGGUGAAUUAAUGGACCAAAAUGCUUUUUCUCUUACUCAGAAGUGAAGAUACUCAAUAUUGAUCACUUAGGAAUUACAAGUAACAAAUGUGAGAGAUGGUCACCAUUCAGUGUCCUGUGUGACAGAUGAGACUUAGCGGCUUAGGCACAUAUCAUGGGAAACCUGUGAUGUCGUUUGUUCAGAAAAAAGUCCCUGAACUGAUUUUCUUGUUUUUGUCCCCAGUACAUGUACCCUAGAAUUUAAAAAAAGAAAAAAAAAACCUCAAUGUUGUCUGUAAUUUGGCUUUUAUUAUCCUACAUUAAAAUAUAAAUGUAAAUGGU